GUCAGGAUGAAGAAGGAAACCAAGAUGAAGAGACAGACCCACAGAACAAAGAUCAGAGGAAGAGGAGAGACAGAAGUCAUGUCCAAAGUGUGGACAGCUCUCACAUGUCAGAAGGUCAGUGUGACUCUGAAGUACGGAUAAGCUUCAAGAAGGGGAUUUUGGUUAAGAAACGCAAACAAUCUUCACGCAAAAAGAGACUUUGUUCUUCAAAGUCUGGUGAAAGCUCAGGAAUUGUUAGUAAUGUCUUAACCUCCACAGAAAAUGAGUCUGAUGACAGACUUUAUGACUGUACAGAAAGUGCUAAAAAUUCUGGUUACUGGUCUAAGUUUAGAACGGACAUAAGAACCCACUCAGGAGAGAAGCCUUUUUUAUGUGAAGAAUGUGACAAAAGUUUUAGUUAUUCAUCUUAUUUCAAAAGACACAUGAGAACUCAUACAGGAGAGAAGCCUUUUUCGUGUAAAGAAUGUUCAAAACGCUUUUGUCGUUCAUUUGAUCUCAAGAGACACAUGCGAACACAUACAGGAGAGAAGCCUUUUUCUUGUAAAGAAUGUGAUAAAAGUUUUAGUCAUUUAUAUAAUCUCAAAUCACACAUGAGCACUCAUACAGAAGAGAACGCUUUUUCUUGUAAAGAAUGUGAUAAGAGUUUUAGUUAUUUAUCUUAUCUGAAAAGACACAUGGGAACACAUACAGGAGAGAAGCCUUUUUCGUGUAAAGAAUGUUCAAAACGCUUUUGUCGUUCAUUUGGUCUCACGAGACACAUGAGAACUCAUGCAGGAGAGACGGCUUUUACAUGUAAAGAAUGUGGAAAGAGUUGUAGUGAUUUGACUUGUCUUAAAGGGCACACGAGAACUCAUACAGGAGAGAAGCCUUUUUCGUGUAAAGAAUGUACAAAAAGCUUUAAACUUUUGGGUUGUCUUAAAAGGCACACGAGAACUCAUACAGGAGAGAAGCCUUUUUCGUGCAAAGAAUGUAGAAAGAGUUUUGGUGAUUUAUCUGGUCUUAAAAGGCACAUAAAAACUCAUGUAGGAGAAAUGCCUUUUUCUUGUAAAGAAUGUACAAAAGGCUUUAAGCGUUUGUCUAGUCUCAAAAGACACACGGAAACUCAUACAGAAGUGAAGCCAUUUCUAGACAAAAAUUGUAAUGAAGAGUUAUGUGAAAAAAGUGAAAACAAGUUUUUCAAUUGUUAUUGAUCAUGCAGUAUUUAGCCUGUGUCGUAUUUAAGACAUUUUCUUCAGUACAGCAGGAGUUCAUCAGAAAUGCUCAUGAGUUGUGGGCAGGACUGUUUUCAAAGAAAUUAGAUUAAAAUUUACAAAAUACAACAUUCCUAUGUUCACACGCCCUUGUGCUAGCUCGUAGCACUCAACAAGUCAAGCUAAAAAAACUGUGGGCAAUAUCAGAACUAUACAGUUUAGAGCCGAAUAGCAGAUCAGACGAGGAAAACAAGGAGGUUAAUGGAUCUAUAUGGAUACAUUGGAAUUGGAGCGGUCAAGGGAGACUUUGGGCCUCCCAGGUAAGUUGCUGUGUCACAAACCUGAGCUUUUUCAAAACUGUUGUGAGGAGGAAGAUGAGACACCAGACCCAACAAUGAAGAUUCUUUAAAAGUAGCCUGAGAUUUCAUUAUAUGAACACAAAGCCACAGAAUGAUGGCCCCCAUACCACAUUGAUGCAGUCAUUCAAUUAAAAGAAGCCACAAGGGAUUAUUAGAUGCAUAGAAGUUACGUUCUCUAAAGUCUGAUAUAAGUGCUGAAAACAUCCUUUUAUUUUUCUGAUAUUCUAAUUUUGUAAGCCACUAUUGCUUAAGGCCCGUACACACCGGGACGAAUAUUCGCCAGGCGUUAUUCGCCAGUGUUUUUCGCCACGUUUUUUGUGUUCACACCCAGGCAAUUUUCGCUGACG